AUGCCUAUUCACCAAGCCCACCCCAACCUGAAGAGGAAGGCUGAAAGCAUUGGAAUUGGAACAGUUGGAAGCACUGUAAAUAACGCCAAGAGGCCCAAAAUUGAGGCCCACCUUGAGAAAAACAUGAAGACUGCACCCAAGGCACCUGCAGCCAAGAAGCCUGCACUCAAGGCACCUGCAGCCAAGAAGCCUGCACUCAAGGCACCUGCAGCCAAGAAGCCUGCACUCAAGGCACCUGCAGCCAAGAAGCCUGCACUCAAGGCACCUGCAGCCAAGAAGCCUGCACUCAAGGCACCUGCAGCCAAGAAGCCUGCACUCAAGGCACAUGCAGCCAAGAAGCCUGCACUCAAGGCACCUGCACCCAAGGCACCUGCAGCCAAGAAGCCUGCACCCAAGGCACCUGCACCCAAGGCACCUGCAGCCAAGAAGCCUGCACCCAAAGCACCUGUACCCAAGGCACCUGCAGCCAAGAAGCCUGCACCCAAGGCACCUGCAGCCAAGAAGCCUGCACCCAAGGCACCUGCAGCCAAGAAGCCUGCACCCAAGGCACCUGCAGCCAAGAAGCCUGCACUCAAGGCACCUGCAGCCAAGAAGCCUGCACUCAAGGCACCUGCAGCCAAGAAGCCUGCACUCAAGGCACCUGCAGCCAAGAAGCCUGCACCCAAGGCACCUGCAGCCAAGAAGCCUGCUGCAGCUAAGAAGCCUAAAGUCAAAAAGCCUGCUGCAGCUAAGAAGCCUAAAGUCAAAAAGCCUGCUGCAGCUAAGAAGCCUAAAGUCAAAAAGCCUGCUGCAGCUAAGAAGCCUAAAGUCAAGAAGCCUGCUGCAGCUAAGAAGCCUAAAGUCAAGAAGCCUGCUGCAGCUAAGAAGCCUAAAGUCAAGAAGCCUGCUGCAGCUAAGAAGCCUAAAGUCAAAAAGCCUGCUGCAGCUAAGAAGCCUAAAGUCAAAAAGCCUGCUGCAGCUAAGAAGCCUAAAGUCAAAAAGCCUGCUGCAGCUAAGAAGCCUAAAGUCAAAAAGCCUGCUGCAAAAAAAAAGCUAAAUAAAGGUUUAAAACAUAAGAGCACCAGGUGCAUGUGCCUAAAAUUCUUCUUAUGA